CAUAGCGUUUCUAAAACAUUUGAGGAUCUUGUCGAAUUUUGUUAGCUACACAGAGUUUUUGAUGUUACUUGUUACUUUGAUUCAGUUACUAUGGAAGCAUUAAUUUGUUGUUCUCUACCUUCCUUAACCACAACAAAAACUAGGAACAUAGUUACACAGAAUUGUUGCUCCUUUCCAUUGAGAAAAACCAGUGAUUUAUGCGUUAAGAAUUCAAGAACAAGAAGAAAAACAAGGAUAAGUGUUGUGUCUGUGAGUGAUGUAACCACAGUACUUGAGCCAGCUCCAGUGGAAAUCACGUGGCAAAUUGUUGUUGGAACUAUAGCUGGAAUCACACCUUUUGUGGUGGCAGGGAUUGAAUUCAGCAAGAGAAUUAUAGCUCAAAAAGAAUGUGAGAGUUGUGGAGGGUCAGGACUUGUUUUUAUCGAAAAGAACUAUUUUCGAUGUCCCGAAUGCGGUGGAUUUCUUCCUUGGCAAUCAUGGAAAAGAUUUUUCUCUAGUUAAUGUUUUGUACCACCACACUGCACAAAUUCUUUGUUUGUAGCAUAUAGUAAACUUUUUUUUCUGUUACAGUAGCCUAUAGUAAACUUAUUUGUAAGUAUGACCAUUACAAACUUUAUUAUAAAUAUAAACAUCAUACUCUUUCAUGAGAGAAAUGAAUGUUAUUUGCUAUCUUAUUUUACAA